AUGACUUCGCUGAGCAAUGGGCCGAUGCCCCUGGAGCACGGCGAUUUGAAUCGGCAGAGUAUGCAGCAGGGCUUACAUGGUCAACCUUCGCAGUCGAAUCUGAAAGGAUCGGUAGGAGGCUCGAUAGGUACGGAAUUUUUCAAGCUUUUCGGGGGAGGACAGAAAAACGUCACUCGAGAUGGACAACCCGCCAAACGGAGAGGCCCUAAGCCAGAUAGCAGGCCUGCUCUUACAAGACGGCAAGAGUUGAACCGACAGGCGCAGAGAACUCAUCGCGAGCGAAAGGAGCAGUACAUGCGGGCUUUGGAAACAGAGGUAUCACGAUUGCGAGAGGCUUACACACAAGAGAUUUCGGCUGCGAACCUUGCCGUUCACCAACACCGAGAAAUGAUCGCUUCUCUUACCGACGAGAACAGCUUGCUAAAGGAGGUUCUGGCCGCACACAAUAUCGAUUACGGGGCCGAAUUAGAACGCCGUAAAGCAGAGCGUCCAACCCCGAGAUUUCAGUCAAGCCCGUUCGCCGCUGGCGGCAGCGUGGGAUCGCAGACUGCAGGUGUUCCAUCAUCGAGUGGCAAUACUUAUUAUACCACACCACCAACUACGGUCUCGGCCGAACUAAGUCCUCGCCUUAACGGCGUGGAUCAGGCUGAUUUCUCACCUACCCAGGAGCUGGGUUCGAGUAACCAGGCCAUUCCCAUUGUGCCGUGUGAUGCCCUGGCUGUUAUUGACCGUCGUCCGCCUGUUCAAGGAGGGGGGAUAUUUGAAGAUGACCCUCAACUUCAGAUAGACUUUAUAUUAACACUGGAAUCUCCCUGUCGAGACCACACGGAUUAUCUCUGCCGACGAUCGAUCACUGAAGCUGAAGACGAGGAUAUGCCGUUUUCCGGGCACGCGCUGAUGGCCACCUGCCCACCCCCCAGUUAUAUUGCCGCUACCACAGAUGAGCAAGUGUACCCACACAAAACUUACGAUCUCCCACACGCCAACUUGACGACCCUCCUGAACCUCAGCCGGCAGCUGGUGAGUGAAGGGCAAAUCACACCGAUCAUGGCACUGCAAGCGCUGAAAGGCCACCAGGUGUACCGGAAAUUGACCCGAGAUGAUGUGAAGCUGAUUAUGGAAACGCUCGAGACCAAAGUCCGAUGCUAUGGAUUUGGGGCUGUGAUGGAGGAUUUCGAGCUGAUGGACUGCUUUAGCAGUGUACUUGGGUCCAAGAUUGAUCGAGGAUUUUCCCAAGCGGCCGACGAAAUGUUGUAUUCAUGA